AUGCGCUCCAGCACCGUACCUCAUUUUCCCUAUCAACAUCUCUCGAGUCCCCAGCCUGCUUUCAAGGUCGAGGAUACGAUUCAGCCUACCUUCACAGAGCUUCACUUCUCGUCUCCGACGUCUCUCCAACCCUCGGCUGCUCUAGAGGGCUCGAAAGGGGAUAGCGAAUUCCAACCCAAAAUUCAAGCAGACCUACUCUUCCGAGAUGGCAUCCGUGCAGGUGAUGCGCACAAUAGCUGCAUGGAUGCUUACGAUAAGGGCUCAAAAACCCUCGACGCACCGAACACUUUGCCGGUUGGCUUAGAAGAAACCAUGUUAGAUGAAGAUUUCAUGGAGACCAGUCAGCCACGUCAGACUACCAACGAUACUUAUCUGUUCACUAUGGAUGAGUUACAAGCCGAUUCGCCUUAUGUCGACGUUUCGCUGGAUUCACCACCCCUGCGUGAUCAUAAACAGGAUUUCGGCGAAUCACCUCUUAACGGUUAUGACACGAACUGUCUGGCUGGAUCUUUUCGGAAUCAAAGCACGCAUCAGAAUCCCACUCCACAUGACUAUGAGACUAGCGCGAGACAAAAUGGCAGCGAGCAAAACGGCGGUUGUAGCGAAAUGUCGACAGCCUGCAAGCGAUUAUCUGUCGAAGUUGGGCCGGAAAGGCUACCGCCCAAACGUCUCAAAACGGACCAAUCCUCAAAAUCUCCCAGUACCGGCACCGCGGAUGAUCGCUUUGGAGACUCUUCAAUCCAUUUUGGUGCCACAAAUACCGUUCCCAUCAACUCAGCGACCCUCUCACCUGAUGAAGGUCAUCAGAGAGCUAACAGUACAUCUCAAUGCGCUCAGCGUGCUAAUUCCGGCACAAGCGAUCAAGGGGCACUCCGUGUCCGUCGCAGUUGUUCACUUAACCUACGAUCUGCACAAAUCCAUUCCGUGAGUGCCGAUGAAAACGGUGUCAAGCAAAAACUCAGACGGAGUGUUCGCCAAAAACCUCAAGUCGCGGUGGAAUUGGAUGGUCAAGAUGGUAUCCCAACAAAACCUACUCCGUUAAACUCCGGCAAGCGCCCGGCCCAGCGGAUUAAACCAAGAAAACCAAGAGGGCGACCUGCCAAGAAGACGUUAAUCGCGAAGGCUACACCACGUGAGGAUGAAUACAACUUUACGUCCCUCCAUUCGCACUUCCUGUCAACGCCGUUCGACAUGCGUUUGCAAUUUGUCUCGUGGCUAUUCGAGGCUGUGCUACCUCGCUGCAUGCACGAGUCCAAGGCUACCACCAACAGUCCACCUGAGCUGUAUGACGCAGGUGAUGAAGAGGAAUGGGAGGUAGAAGAGGUAGUAGGCUCGCGAAUCUUCCGUGGAAGGCUCCAGUACCAAGUGCUCCAUACAAGGUGCGAGACUUUCACGCCGCAUUUCCACAUCAACCCGGGCCCCCAAAACGUUUGGAGGAAUGGAACUAGCGUAAUCCACGAGCGAGCGGGCCACGCAGCACGUGCCUCCCACGCGUUUUAAUUGAGUGUCCAUCAUCAAAGUAUUGAUUGGUCCUUCCACAAAUCCAAGGGCAUAUGCCCUGGGUGACGAAAUAAGGACAUAGCUAGUGGUUGAGAGGGCUCGUAGAGUACCAUAUGGUUUAAUGCAAGGAAGCGAAUGCAGACCACAGAUACUCCUUUACUAUUUUUCAGUUUCC